AACCCGAAAAGGCCGAAACCUCUUCUCCACAGUCCACACUCUUUCCGUGGUCCGUUCACGGGCUCAGUCGUCUCUGCGAAAAGGCAGAAAGAAACCGCGUGUGAGAGGGAGAGAAGCGAAAUGGAGAGCAGCGAAGAAGAGGACGACUUCCCAACUCAUGAGUGGAUCACUCCACAGUCUAAAGUCGACGCUGUUUAUCAAUCAAACACAGAGAAGGGAAUCAGGAAACUUUGCUGUGAGCUUUUGGACCUAAAAGAUGCAGUUGAAAAUUUAUGUGGCAAUAUGCACUCAAAAUAUUUGGCCUUCCUCAGGAUAUCAGAGGAGGUUGUUGAAAUGGAACAUGAACUGAUUGAGCUGCAGAAGCAUAUAUCUGCUCAAGGAAUUCUUGUGCAGGAUUUGAUGAGUGGUGUUUGCCGUGAAUUGGAAGAAUGGAAUCAUGCUAAUGCUGACAGUGAUGCAGCUGAGCAAAAUUCUCAAAUUUGUGAAACUCAGGAUAGCUUGCUAGCUGAAACAGAGGACAAGAAGCUGAUAUUUUUUGAGAAUAUUGAUGUUCUUUUGGCUGAGCAUAAAGUGGAAGAAGCCUUAGAGGCUUUAGAUGCUGAAGAGAAAAGUUCUUCGGAGCUAAACAGCUCAGAUGAUACUUCAUCUACUGAAAAAUUCUCAUAUAAGUCAGCUUUCCUGAAAAGGAAGGCAAUGCUAGAGAAUCAGCUUGUUGAGAACACUGAACAACCAUCAGUGGGUAAUGUUGAACUGAAAAAAGCGUUAUCUGGUCUACUGAAAUUAGGAAAAGGUCCCUUGGCACAUCAGUUGCUUUUGAAAGCAUAUGGAUCCCGUCUGCGGAAGAGUAUUGAGGCUUUUCUUCCUUCAUGUUCAAUUUAUCCUCAAACAUACCCAUCAACAUUGUCCAAACUUGUGUUUUCUACCAUCUCACUGGUCACAAAAGAAUCUGGAUUGAUAUUUGGUGAUAAUCCUUUAUAUACCAAUAGAGUUGUGCAGUGGGCAGAGUGUGAGCUGGAGUCCUUUGUACGCCUAGUGAAGGAAAAUGCCCCCUCAUCUGAGACAGUUUGUGCCCUUCGUGCUGCAAGCAUUUGCAUUCAGGCUAGUCUUAGUCACUGCUUGAUGUUAGAACCACAAGGUCUGAAUCUUUCUAAGUUGCUACUGGUGCUCCUGCGUCCAUACAUUGAAGAAGUCCUAGAGAUGAAUUUUAGACGAGCUAGAAAAAUGGUUCUUGAUUUGGCAGCAGAUGACUCUACACUGCCAUUUUCGCCUCGUUUCGUGGCUCCAUCAUCUUCCAUUGAGGCAACAUCCGACAGCUUAUUUACUGACAGUGGAAGCAGAUUUAUUAUUAUUGUUGAGGAUAUUGUAGAACAGCUAACACCGGAGACAAUCUCCCAUUUUGGAGGAUCAAUUUUGACAAGGAUUUCUCAGUUGUUUGAUAAAUAUGUGGAGUCUUUGAUUAAAUCCCUACCUGGCCCUUCUGAAGAUGAAAAUCUCACAGAACAGAAGGAUGCCAUACACUUCAAGGCUGAAACAGAUGCCCAACAGCUUGCACUUUUGGGAACUGCAUAUACUGUUGCUGAUGAACGAUUACCAAUGGCUGCAUCAAGGAUUUGGAACACACAGAAUGAGAGCAAGGAACAAGGCAGUGUGUCAACUGAAAAUGCUGGGUCUGUAGCAAGUAAUAUUAUAGAAUUUAAAGAGUGGAGACGCCUUCUCCAGCACUCAUGGGAUAAGCUUAGAGAUCAUUUCUGUCGCCAAUAUGUUUUGAGCUUCAUUUAUUCAAGAGAGGGUAAAACAAGAUUAGAUGCACAGACAUAUUUAGAUGGUAAAGGAGAGGAUCUCUUCUGGGGCUCUGACCCACUGCCUUCUCUGCCAUUCCAGGCAUUAUUUUCAAAGCUUCAGCAGUUGGCAACUGUUGCUGGAGAUGUACUACUUGGAAAGGAGAAGAUCCAGAAAAUUCUGCUUGCCAGGCUAACAGAGACAGUAGUAAUGUGGUUAUCUGAAGAGCAGGAGUUUUGGGAUGUAUUCGAGGAUGAUUCAGCUCCUCUGCAGCCACUUGGGUUACAGCAGUUAAUUCUUGACAUGCACUUCAUUGUUGAAAUUGCUGUUUGUGGAGGCUAUCCAUCACGACAUGUUCACCAGAUUGCUUCAUCCAUAAUUGCUCGUGCAAUCAGGACUUUCUCAGGGAGAGGUAUUGACCCACAGAGUGCACUUCCUGAGGAUGAAUGGUUCUUUGAUACUGCAAAAGCAGCAAUAAACAAGCUCCUCUUUGUGACAUCUGGGUCUGAAGCAUCAGAAACUGAUGAAGAACAUAUUGUUAUACACGAUGAGGUUAUAUCUGACUCAGAUGACACUGCUUCUUGCGCAUCAAAUGCAGAAUCAUCAGAUUCCUUUGCUUCAGCAAACAUGGGUGAGAGUGAGAGUCCAAUGUACUUCACAGAUCCCGAGACUUGAGAAGUGUGGGGUGUUUUUUGUGGACCAGGAUAAAGCAAUACUGCAAUCCCUACCUGUUAGUUGAUGUAGCAGGGUGAUUAUGGGGAUUCAGAUGGUUCCAUGGUGAAACUACUGGCCAUGGACCAGAAAAAGAGCCAGUGACUGCAUUUUCAGAUGAUGCCAUGCUAAGCGAUAUGUUGUUGGGGCCUCUCCAGUGUGGAUUUGCUAUUGUGACAAAUGAGAUGCUUGGCAACACGUUCCUGGUGGUGUUUCAUGAUGCAAGAGAAUCACUGUACAGUGGUUGGUGUUCCUUGAUCUUAUGGAUGUUCUAGUUAACCUGCAUACAAAUCUUCUGAAUAUGCAAUAUAUGUUGCUGUAUUAUAUCCAAAAAAAUCUAUGUUGCUGUAUGGAAAUAGGCCAAGCAUUUGAAGUACAAGAAAUGAAAUGUCUUGAUCUGUAUUUUGUGUUCUUUAGUUGAAAAUGAAGGUAGACAAUUUGGAUCCUUUUUGCCAAUACUAGCAUCAUUUUUCAAUCUUGUUCUGGUCA